AUGUCAUUUUUGUUAGAAUUCAAGGAAAAUAUUUAUAAACCUUGGGAGAAUGAAUACGUUGCCUAUGAAGCCAUUUAUGACGGCUUGUACAACAUUUGUGACCAAGGUCUUUGGUCAACAAAAGAUGAAAGGGAUUUUGAAUCUGCCAUUCGUCUUGAAGUAGAAAAAGUAGAUAUUUUCAUUAAUAAGAAGCAACGUGAGAUUGAAACAAAGAUUGGAUAUUGCCAGCGUAUGUUGGAUGAACAAACAUCGAAAGGAAUCUUUCAAGAAGUACUCGAAUUGAGUCGAUAUACCCGUUUUAAUUUUAAGGCAUUAAAAAAUUUAAUUGAAGAACAUAAUCAGUUAACACUUAUUGACAGCAGUCCUCUUUUGGUAGAAAUCAUCAGAACACGACCCCUUGACACUCAAAGAUUUGAUUCACUUUUAAUAAGGGCAGCUUCCCUUAUCGAUACGUGUUGUAAGACCGAAAUGCGUAAAACCCAAACAGUUAGACGACGAGCUCGUUAUUGGGUUCAUAUUGAAAAUAUAACAGAAGUCAAAGCAAUCCUUUUGUUCAAUUUGCCACUCUAUACAGACGAUUCAUCUCAAGACUUUGAACAACAUGAACAACGUCAAACAAGAAUUUAUUUUGAUAAUGACAAACUUGAUCAUUAUGCAUCUCGUCUUCAAUAUGAUGAUGUUGAUGAAAGUAUUCAAUGUUACUGGAAUGGGGAGCUUGCAUCAGUAGAUCACAUCUUUAUCGAAUACAAUACAUUUACAAAAACAAGUCAUGGCGCUCAGCUUAUGUCAGAAAAAAUAGCCGUCGACAAAGAUCAAAUCGAAGAUUUUUUAAUGGGAAACGGGAACAGUUUUGAAAAGGAGUUGGAGUUAGUGAAAGCCAAUGAUCAAUCUCACGCAAUAGCUGCUCGGUCAAUUCAAGAAACAAUAGUGAAUAAACGUCUUGAAGCCAAAUUACGCGUGAGCUUUAAUCAUCUUUCAUUUAAAUCUUCUCAAAGCAAUUCAUUAGUUGUAUCACUGGAUACAGAAAUGGCCUUUGUAAGAGAAGAUGAAGCUUGUGAUAGAUCUGAAACAUGGUAUCAAGAUAAUAUACAAUAUCCUUUUAAAUCACUCGAUAAAAACGACGUUUAUCUAUUCCCGUAUGCCAUACUAGAGGUACAAGCCAUCGAUGAUUUACCUUCAUGGCUAACAGACCUUUUAAAUUCAAAGCUUGUUUAUGAAAUACCCCGCUUUUCUAAAUAUGUACAUGGUGUUGCACAAUUCUGGAGUUCACAGUUACCUCUAUUACCAUGGUGGUUAUCUCAGAUUGAUUUUGAUAUACGUAACGUAGAGAAACGAGACAAAUGGAUGAUGGAAGGGUCAAAUGAGAUUUUAAAAUCCUCUAGUCACAGUCGUAUCAAUCUUAUGGGAUAUUUAGAAUCUCAACUUGGAAUAAAAUCGGAUGAUGAUGAUGGUGAUGAAGAUCAACAAAAAUUAGUAAAAUAUGCAACCUCUGAUAAUGAUGAGGAGAAAAAGGAGAACACAGAGGAUUUAUUCUCCGUUAAUAACAAUAAGGAAGUUAUAGUACAGGUAGAGGAUACUGCUGCUGCUGCUGGUGGUGGUGAUGGUGGUGCUGCUGUUGCUGCUGAUUCUACAAGUUAUAUGUCAUUCGAUUCUUCUACCUGCAAGCCAAACGAAUUACGUUCUCGUGUUAAUAGUAAAUCUUCUAAAAAUCAUCGCGCCCCUUCUUUUCUAGAUAUUUAUAACGAUAAACGUAGUAGACAAUCAAUGAGUUAUAUGUUACAAGACAUAAAUACUGUCAAUCAAAAGGAUGCACUUCGAACAGCAGCUGUGAUCGAAAUGGGUGAAGAAAAAGAAAAGACUGAAAAAAAGAAAAAGAAAUUAAAGCCGGUUGGACAUCGAUUAGAGCCUAAAUUAUUUUUUGCUAAUGAAAGAACGUUUAUUCAUUGGCUACAGUUUGCAGCCUUGAUUCUGACAGCAGCUCUAACAUUACUUAACUUUGGUGAUUAUGUAAGUACAGUGGCAGGUGGAACAUUUUUUGGUAUUUCGCUUGUUAUUGCUUUAUAUGCCUUUUUCAGAUAUCGAUUACGAGCCUAUCAAAUGUCAACUCGUCCUGAUGUCAGAUAUGAUGAUAUUUAUGGCCCUAUUGGUCUAUGUUGUUUAAUAUUAGGUGCAAUGGUGUUAAACUUUAUACUUCGUUGGGAGCAUCCACCAAGCUCAAAUACUUACUUGGGGAUCGAUAAUAAAACAGAACAGCAAUCUAAUAAUAAUACCAUUUAA